AUGUAGAGAUAAAAUCACAAAAAAUUAUCUUUAUCACUCAAUUAGGAUUACAUUUUGAAUAAUUAUAAAGACUCCUUUUACUAUCAUACAGUGGCUGUUCGAUAAUAAUAAAUACCAAAACGGAAAGUUUCUCCCAUCAUUCCAAGACAAGUUAAACCAUCUCGUUAAAUACCAUUAAACUUAGAUGUUUAUAUUGAUUAACUAAAAACUGCGGAUUCUUAACUAAAUUCAAAAAUUAAAGCUGAUGUUAAUUACACCAUGGUAUAUGAUUAAGACGACCUAAAAUUAAGUAGAAAAAUAGGUAGUACUUGAUUGAUUAUUUAGAUUAAAAUUAUGCUCAUUUUGAAAAAAUCAGACAUAGGUCAACUAUUAAUCCUUCUACAAUAAUUAGAAAUAAUCUACGAGAUAACUUUUAAUAGAACCCUGAAAAUUUCCUUAUAUAAACUUAAAGAUAUACAAAUAGAAAAUAAAUUAUGCCUCUCAAAGUUAAUUAUUAAACAGAGAUCGGUAGAAUUACAAAAUAAUUUUGUUAGAAUAAAAAAAAAUUAAAAAUUCUUAACAAAUUCAGAAUACUAACCAAAAUCAUAGGGAGACUUCUUUUGUUGUAUCUUAGACUAGCUUAACAUAUAUCAGUUGAUUAUUAAGCUCAAAAAGCAAAGAUAGAUCAUUAUAAUAGUUUAAAAACUGCAUUUAAAAUGGAUAGAAAAAUAAAUGAUUAAUUAAUAUAAAAAAUUUAGGAAUGGACAUCUCCAGCUUUUUAAAAAAUACUUUAUUAUAUGGAAAAAAAUUAUGAAGAUAAUAUUAAUGAUGAAUUAAUUGAUAGUGAUAAAAUUAAAGAUUAAGAAUAACUUUGGUGUUUGAAUUAUGCCAAAUUCUUAUUUUAAAAUAUUGAAUUAAUUACAAGAAAAGGAAAUAUUCCAAUUGAAAUUAUUAAAGAAUUAUCUAAGGCAACUUAAAUAACCUAGAAUACUUAUAUGUCAUUAUUUCUUGCGAAAAGAUUAAAAUUUUAAAUUUCCUCAUAUUCAAAAUCAGAGUAUUAACUUAUUGCUAGUGAAUAUAUAUAUUUCAACAUUAUUUUGAGUUAAUUGUUUGAUUAAGUAAAUAAAUUAAAAUAUAAACAUCUUAAACAUAAUCUUUAAUAAAAAAUAAAGAUAAUAGAACUUGCUAGCAUAAUUCAUGUUUAUUUUAUUAAAUAUUUUGUUAAUAUGCCUUCAAGAGAAGAUGUUAGUGAUAAAAAACUUUAUUAAAGAAAACUUCAUAUAUCUGGAGAUAAAAAUUAAGAAUUAAUUUUGAUAGACACAAACGAUAUAUGUUUAUAAGAAAUAAUAAUUGUAGGAUUAAAAUCUGAAGAACAUGUUAAGAAUUUAUUAAAGAAAAAAGAGACUUUAUCAAAAUUAUUGGGAAAGCUAUUUGAUAAAACAAUACAGAAUAUUUAUUCUUAAAUUGAAAUAUGUGAUAAUAUCGAUUGA